AUGGCGACUCGAUUAGCACUUUCGAACGCUCUGCCGAAGCCAAAGUACACCGGCCAAGACGAGGAGUUGCCGACACACACGCAACAAAAAGGACCACGAGUUGUCAACGCCGCCGAUAUCGAGGCACAGCAAUUAGUCGUGAAACGGUCAGGACCACCAGCAUACGGACAGCGAUCAGGAUGGCGACCGCGAAAUGCGGAGGACUAUGGCGAUGGAGGCGCUUUCCCGGAAGUGCCCAUGGCACAGUAUCCGCUAGACAUGGGCAGGAAAGGUCAGCCUUCCUCUUCGAAUGCUCUAGCGAUUCAGGUGGACAACGAAGGCAAAGUCAAGUAUGAUGCGAUUGCGAGGAGAGGGCACAACGAGAAGCGCAUCGUGCACGCCAGCUUCAAGGACCUCAUCCCGCUGCGACAACGUGCAGAUGUGGGCGACAUCAGCUUGGAGAGGCCGAGCGAGGAAGAGGUGCAGGCCAGUAAAGAGCGCACGCAGAAGGCGCUGCAGAGUUUGGUGGAUGGUACGUUGGCAGCACAGAAGCCAAAGAACGUCAAAGGCACCUCGAGACCAGAGCCUACAUUCGUGCGGUACACACCGGCGAAUCAGAUGGGCGACAAUGGCAAGAAGCAGGACCGUAUCAUGAAGAUUGUGCAAAGACAACAAGACCCUAUGGAGCCACCGAAGCACAAGAUCAAGAAGGUUCCCCGUGGUCCGCCAUCUCCUCCACCGCCAGUCAUGCACUCCCCGCCUCGCAAGUUGACUGCAGAGGAUCAGGAAGCAUGGAAGAUUCCUCCGCCCGUAUCGAACUGGAAGAACCCCAAGGGUUAUACUGUACCUCUAGACAAGCGAUUGGCAGCGGAUGGACGAGGCUUGCAGGAUGUCACAAUCAACGACAAGUUUGCACAAUUCGCGGAAGCACUACACACUGCGGAUAGACAUGCAAGAGAGGAGGUGCAACAAAGACAGAAGAUGCAACAGCGUCUGGCGGAGAAAGAGAAGGAAGCCAAGGAGGACCACCUGCGACAGCUGGCGCAAAAGGCACGCGCGGACAGAGAGGCUGCCAUGGCACCUCGGAGGGACUCCGAUCGAGGAAGAUCGCGAAGCAGAUCUGUGGACAGUCGCUCUUCUUACGACUCGAGGUCAUCCUACUCGUCUCGGUCUCGGUCACGUAGCCGAAGUGCUGAUGGUGGCGAAAAGGACCGUCGCGAACGUGAGCAGAAACGUGCAGACCAGCGCAACGAAGAGCGACGUGCACUUCGCCAGAAGAACAUGGGUCACGAACGUCGGAUGCAGAUGAUGGCACGAGAGCAGAAUCGUGAUGUCAGUGAGAAGGUCGCGCUGGGUCUCGCCAAGCCUACACAGAACAAGGAGGCUAUGUACGACUCGCGGUUGUUCAACCAGUCGUCUGGUAUGGCAGCUGGCUUCAACGAGGAUCAGCCUUACGACAAGCCGCUUUUCGCCGAACGUGAUGCGCUGAACAGUAUUUACAGACCUUCCGUGGGAGAAGAUGAGGAUGAGGAUGGCGGUGAGACACUCGAGAAGAUUCAAGGCGCGAAGAGGUUCGAUACGCUAGGAAGGGCGCCGAAGGAAGGCUUCAAGGGCACGGAGACCGCUGAAGCAAGAAGUGGCCCAGUCAUGUUCGAGAGGGAGAGGAAGGAUGAUCCGUUCGGCGUGGAAGCCAUGAUUGAUGCUGCCAGCAAAGGCGCGAGCAAGCGAGCAGCAGAGGACGAUUCGGGUGGCGGUAAGGGCAAGAGAGCGCGAGUCGACGAUGAAUAG